UCGCCAUGGCUCGGUGGGUGCCGGCCUUCGUGGCCUUCCUGCUCGCUACCGCUACCGUCUCCGCGCGCAAGUCGACGCCCAAGAGUCAGCAGGACCACGAGCCUCGCAUCGAGGAGGUCACCGCCAAACAGCUCGAACGACUCCUCGACGAGAAGGACUUCGUGGCGGUCUACUGGUACGCAAGAAGUUGUGUCACGUGCGACAAGGUUUUGGACGAGCUAGAAAAAAUAGACGAUGACACCGACACAUUUGGCGUCGACUUCGUGAAGAUCAAUGAUAAGAGGCUCGCGAAACAACAUGGUAUCACGAAAUUCCCCGCCCUCACGUACUUCCGUGAGAAGGAACCGAUCAUUUACGAAGGAGAUCUUAUGGACGAAGAAAGUGUCCUGGAUUUCCUGACGAGCUUAGAAGCAAUGGACCUUCCAGACAGGAUAGAAGAGGUGAACCAAAAAAUCCUCGGAAAAAUAGUUGAGGAUACAGAAUAUGUAGCUGUUCUUUUUUGUCCUGAUCACAAAAAUUGCGGCCCGAUGAACAAUAAGCCAGAAUGUAAGAAGUGCGCGAAGGCGCUCCAAGAGCUUGAAAACAUUGACGAUGAAGCAGACCAGCUCGGUAUAGGCUUCGUGAAGAUCCACGACGAGGAACUCGCCGAAGAGUACAGCCUUGGCGAAUUGCCAAGACUUGUGUACUACAGGCAUCAGAUACCUAUUAUCUAUGAAAGUGAACUCAGUAGAGAAGAAGACGUACUGGAAUGGCUCAUUGCUAAUAAAUCGACUGGGGACGAAGAAGAUGUUAUCGAAGAUGUCACAUCCAAAACGCUAAACACGCUUAUAGGAAAUGUCGACAAUCUUGUUGUGCUUUUCUAUGACCAUGGUGAUGAAGAAUCAAUGACAGUGUUAGAAGAAUUAGAGAAAAUAGACGACGAUUGCGAUCGCCAUGGUAUUCAAUUUGUAAAGAUCGACGACAAGAAAGCCGCAAGAGAAUUUGGUAUUGAUGACGUGCCUUCAAUUGUCUACUUCGAGAAACAAAUCCCCAAUGUUUACGAUGGUGACCUUGAGAAUGAAGAGGAGAUGUUGGAAUGGCUAGUUAGUCAAUUGGAAAAAGAUGAAAUUGAAGACGUCACAGAUGAAAUGUUGGACCGACUUAUCAAAGAUGGAAAGACUGUUGCUGUUUUAUUCUAUGACAACAAUGAUCGCAAGUCACAAAAAGUAUUAAAUGAGCUUGAAAAUAUUGACGAUGAAUGCGAUGCUCUCGGCAUUGCGUUCGUCAAAAUCGAUAAUGAUGAAGAGGCUAAGGAAUACGGCAUUGAAAAAGUCCCAACUUUACUAUACUUUGAAAAGGGAAUUCCAACAUACUAUGAAGGCAAUUUGGAAGAAGAAGAAAAAGUCUUGGCUUGGUUGAAACAUCAAACUGAAAGCGAUGAAAUUGAAGACAUUACAGAUGAAAUGCUCGAUUUGAUUAUUGAAAAAAUGCCGUAUGUUGCCGUUUUGUUUUAUGACAAGGAUCAUAAGAAAAGUCAAAAGAUUUUAGCAGAAUUAGAAAACAUUGAUGACGAAUGUGAUCAAAAUGACAUUGCCUUUGUAAAGAUCGAUGAUGAUAACGAGGCCAAAGAAUAUGGUAUUGAAACCUUACCUACUAUGGUAUUCUUCGAGAAGGGUAUUCCUCACGUAUACGAAGGUGACUUGAUGAAAGAAGAUGAGUUGUUGGGCUGGUUGAUUCAUCAAAAACGUCACAGUGAAAUCCCCGAAGUCACCGAUGAAAUGAUGGACAAACUUAUCGACAGUGCCAAAUAUUUGGCCGUUAUAUUUUAUGACAAAGAAGAUAAGCAAGAUAUUAGAAUAUUGAACGAACUGGAGAACAUUGACGAUGAAUUAGAAAAAGAGGGUAUUGUUAUUGUAAGAAUGGAUAACGAUCAAGAAGCUAAGGAAUAUGGAAUUGACCACCUGCCAACUUUGGUUUACUUCGAAGAGAAUAUUCCAGCUAUUUACGAAGGGGAUCUUAUGAACGAAGAUGAGGUAUUGGCGUGGUUAAUAGAACAAAAGAACAGUGCAACCAUUGAAGAAGUUACGGAUGAAAUUUUAACAGAUCUUAUUGAAGAGCACGAGUAUGUCGUGGUAUAUUUCAGUGGUAAUUGCGAAGAAGGUGAGGAAUGUGAUAACAUCUUGGAAGAAUUAGAGAACAUUGAUGAUGAAUUAGAUGAAACUGGAAUUAUAUUUGUCACAACUGAAGAUGUGUCGCUUGCCAAGAAGUAUGGAAUCAAAACAUUCCCUGCACUAGUUUUCUUCAGAAAUAAGGAACCUCUCAUUUAUAAGGGUGAUAUUGAGGAUGAAGACGAAGUCUUAGCUUGGCUCACCGAUGAAGACACUCUUGAAAUCCCCGGAAAAAUUGAAGAAGUGAACUCAAGAAUGUUGGAAAAAAUUUUGGAAGAAAACGACCACGUUGUAGUUUUCUUUUACAAGGAAGGUGAUAAGAAAUCACAGAAAAUCCUCAGUGAAUUGGAAAAUAUUGACGAUGAGUGUGAAGAAGAGAACAUUGAUUUUAUCAAAACAUCAGACGACGGUGUCGAAAAAGAAUAUGACCUUCCUGGAUUACCGGCAUUGGCCUUCUACCGACACAAGUUUAGGACUAUCUAUGAAGGCGACUUAAUGCACGAAGAAGCUAUUCUUAAAUGGGUGCUAGAUCUUCAACACUCACAGCCAGAAGUUAUAGAAAAUGUUGACAGGAAAACGUUAAAAGAUUUAAUCAAUGACGUCGAGCAUCUAGCAGUAUUCUUCUAUAAUGAUGAUUGCGAUACUUGUGACGAAAUUUUGGAAGAAUUAGAAACAAUUGACGAUGAUACAGACAAACAUGGUAUUCAAUUUGUUAAAUCCAAGGAUUCUAAGCUCGCAUCGGAUAUUGGUAUAUUUAGUUUCCCAGCGUUAGUAUACUAUGAAACUGGGGUUCCUAUUAUGUAUGAUGGAAAUCUAUUUGACGAGAACGAAGUACUAGAUUGGAUGGUAAAGCAGAAAGAAGAUGAGAGCAUUGAAGAAAUUGACAGAGAUACACUAUUUAAAUAUAUUGAGACUAAGGAAUUUCUAGCAGUUGUAUUUUACAAGGAAGACGAUCCUGGCAGUCCAAGAAUACUUCGACACGUAGAACUUAUCGACGACGAGGCAGCUGAAUAUGGGAUCAAAAUAGUUAAGUGUAGCGAUCGCCUGAUGGCAAAGAAGUAUGGUUACAGAAACCCCCCUGGCAUCACCUACUUCAGGAAAACUAAAUAUAUCAACUACGAUGGUGAUAUAGACGAUGAAGAAGAAAUUCUGGACUGGCUAACAAAUCCGGAGAACAUGGAAUUAACUGAUCAUAUAGAGAAAGUAAACAAGAAAAUGUUUCAGAAAAUUCGACAAACAUCUGACUAUGUGGCCGUCUUCUUUUACAGUAAUGACUGCAAACAAUGUCCCAGAGUGCUGGCUGAGAUUGAGCACAUAGAUGACGAUGCGGAUGGCGCUGGCAUCAACUUUGUGAAGAUAGAUGAUAGACAGAUGGCCAAAGAAUAUGGCGUUUUUGCCUUACCCGCAGUGCUUUUCUUCAAGAUGGGUUCUAAAGACCCCGUGAUAUAUGCUGGUGAUUUAUAUGAUGAACAACAACUACUAAGCUGGCUUCUGGUUCAGAAAAAUCCAGCUGGCGAUGUCAUCGAAGCCCUCGAGGGUCAAGAACUUUUAGACCUUAUUGAGGAAUCAAAUUCGAUAGCUGUAUACUUUUGGAACAAAACAUUAUGUGAACUAUGUAGUGCAAAAGCAACGCAAAAACCAACAAAAAAAGGCAAAGAUCGUCAAGAGGACGAAUUACAGGAAGUUGAGGAUUCAUUGGAUUGUGAGCAAUGCGCUGGCAUUUUAGAAGAGUUAGAGAACAUUGAUGACGAUUGUGACAGACAUGGAAUCAAAUUUGUUAAAACUCAAGACUAUGCUAUUGCCGAAUCUUAUGGGGCGACCGAUUUCCCAGUUUUAGUUUACUUUGAGAAAAAUAUUCCAAAUGUGUAUGAAGGUUCGUUAGCUGAAGAAGAAGAAGUCCUGCAAUGGUUGAUAACGCAGAAAACUGAAGACAGGAUAGAACUGAUAACUAGAGUAAUGCUGGAGAAAAUGGUUGACGAGACGCAAUAUUUAGCUGUAUACUUCUAUAAACUUAACUGCCAUAUUUGCGAUCAUAUUCUGGAAGAGCUGGAGAAAAUUGACGACGAAUGUGACGUCUACGGUAUCCACAUGGUGAAAAUUCAGGACCCUCAACUUGCUAAGAGAUACUCUAUUAAAACUUUCCCAGCAAUGGUGUAUUUCAGGAACGGUAAUCCACUCUUAUUCGAAGGUGAUUUACAAAAUGAAGAGUCGAUUCUAGAGUGGCUUGUAGAUGACGAUAACCGAGAGUUAGCUGAUGAAAUAGAAUCAGUUAAUGACAGAAUGUUGGAGCGGUUAUUGUACGAGUCGCAUUUACUAGCUGUAUUUUUCUAUGACGACGAAGAUUGCCCGGAAUGCCAAGAAAUUCUGGAAGAGUUAGAGCAGAUCGACGGAGAGGUAGAUCAAUUUGGAAUUGAUUUCGUGAAAAUUGCGAGCGCUGAGGCAGCGGCACAAUACAAUAUAGUUAACAUACCAUCAUUAGUAUAUUUCCGUAAACGAACACCAAUGUUCUAUGAUGGAGAUUUGCACCAAGUGGAUAGAGUACUGCAGUGGCUAACGUCUCAAGAAGUUUUUGAAAUUAAAAACGAAAUCGAAGAAGUUAACCGCAAAAUGCUUGAUAAACUCCUGGAUGAAAACGAAUUUUUGGCAGUUUAUUUCUAUGAGAAUUCAGCUGAAAGUCGAAUCGUUUUGGAUAAACUGGAGAAUAUAGACAGUGAAACGGACAACCUUGAUAUAACGUUUGUCAAAAUGCACGAUACACGCUAUGCCCGUAAGUGGGGCGUCACGAAGUUACCUGCUAUUGUUUAUUUCAGGAAACGGUUUCCAAGUAUAUACAGAGGUGAUGUCAUGGCAGAAGACGAAGUACUGGAAUGGCUGCGUAAGAACAGAUUUAGGCAACCAGAACUGAACAUAUUCAUGUACGCCUUGAUAGCUCUGUCGAUAGCGUUCGUUAUGUACACGGCGUUCUUACUUCAGUGUUUCAAACCCACUCCAAGCACGACUACACAACAUCCCAAACAAGCGUGAAUGUGACACUUUACAGACAUUUUAAAGACGCCAUUUUGUAGCGCGAACAAUAAGUUUUUGUGCAAUACUAGUCUGGCUAUUAUUGAAUAAACAAUUCAAGAUUGCCAAUCCGAUUAGCUUUUCGAAGCUUUCUGAAAACGUGUGCUAAUUUUUCACAGGUUUAGUUACUACCAAAAUAGUCGUGAGCAGUUUGUCAGGAUUUUUUACCAUUUUUUUGAAUUUCAACUAGCUUCCAUGCAAGUACACUGCCAACCCGAUUUUCCAGAACAUCGAUGCAUCAAUUGUAAUUUUUUGUACAGCUAAAAUUUUUGGGAACAAAUUGUAACAACUAGAUAUUAUUAUUAAUUUAGCUGAAGUGAAUAAAGUUGUCGGCUCUUAGAAAAAUAUUCCAGGCGUUUGUAUUUUUUUAGUUUUGUUUUGGUAUCAAAAACCCAGGUUCAACAACAUAACCUGAUCUGUUACCAUACAAAUCAUGUUACCAUUAUUAACAUAUUUUAUAGUUAUAAAAAAUACGGAUAUAAACCCGUAAAAACUUUUGUUUAGACGAGUUUCUCGUCAUUCGAAUAAUAAAUAUAAAUAAUGUUAAAGGUCUAUUAUUUUUGAGUAAAACUAUCAUUCAAAAUGAUUGUUGAACUUAGUUUAAAAACACACUAAUAAGUUAUAUAGAAUAUAUUUAUUUCGCUGUUCCAAUAGACCCUACUGUAAGGUUUUAUAUCAGCAUUUUCAUAACCGUAUGCUCGUACAGGUGCAAAUAAGAAACCCUAGUAAAUAAUUUGUUGAUACAAUAAAGUAGUUAAUAGUGUAACACAGGUUAUUUAUAAUAUAGGAAGCUACUUUGUAACAGAAAUUAUUUAUGUACCUAGUUAGUUAUAUUUAAUUUUUUUUAAAUUAAGUUAACUACUAACUACGUAACAUUAAACAGAUUUAAUCGAAUUGAAGCGGCAAAAUGGCAGCAAAAAUAGGAAAUUUGAAAAUAUAAAGUACCUAAAUAUAUUAUACCUAAGCCUUUCUCGUUUUUGUAAAUGUACCUAACAAAGACUACAAACCUACGUUAAUUUGCACCUGUGUAAAAGAGCUUUAAUGAAAAAUAUAUUUAACUAAGAUUUUCUUUUUAUUUUAAUAAUUAAGUAUUAAGUUUUCAAUUAAAUACGGCUUAGGGCAUAAAUUAUAAUGUCACUUGUUUGCUAUUUUUUUAUCUAAGCCUACUUUAAAAGGCUAAUAAGGUUGAUAUUUCGUUAACCAUAAUUGCGCCUCUCAAAGACAUAUUUUAGCAAUAUAGACGUAGUUUUUUUACGUAUCUGUUUCUUUUUUACAUAAUCUUUGUCAUACUUAGUAUAUGGGCGGGAACGCCUCCAUUUUGCUUCGUUGUCGUAUAUAAGGUACUCUUACAUUUUUCAAAAGAGCUCUUAAAAAAUGGAUAACUUGGCAACAUGCCCACCUUUUUUCUAUCAUUCCCGCUCUUUUUUAUUUCUCUAUUCUUAUCUUUGGUUCUCAGAUUGCAAAGCUAUCACGAGCUUUUUCAAAUGCUUAUUGUAGUAGCUAGGUAUAAGUAUCGUUCAUAAUUCAUAAAUGAGUUCAUUAUAAAAUAAUUUUCAUGUACAGAUAAUAUUCUUUGCUUCUAACCUGUUUCAUUUUUUACAGUUUUGCAUACUGUAAACUUCAAUAAUCAAGAAUAUUUAUUUUUUUUUUAUUUGUGUAAAUGGACGGCGUUGCGAUGUUAUAUUUAUUAAGUGUCCCCUUUCUCUUUGGGAUUUUGCGAUUAUGCUCAAAGAAAUUCGCAAACACGUUCUUAUAUGAAAUCUAUAAGUGUUGUAUAUAAAUGUAAAUAAUUAAAACUGUAAAAAUAAAAAUAGUAAAACUUA